AUGUAAAUCAUUAAUGAUUUUGGUAGAUCGCAUGGUAAAACUUAGGUUGUGCACCCCCAAUAAUUCAUGUUCGAAUCCUUCUUAUGUCUUCUUUUCUUUUAUUAUUACUAGUGCACUUCACUCAAACCUUGUCUUGUGCUCAACACAAUGUUCAUUCACGUUAGUAUCUCUAAAUAACUUUUCCUGAGAAAAUCUUAGACAAAACCGAACCGGUUAAUAAGGAAACCAGAAGCAAACCAAUUUCCUAUACAUUAAUUGGGACACACCUGAGCUGUUAAUUUUCUUGGAUGAGAUCAAAACAAGUUUAAAGAAUGCAAAUUUGGUAAUUAUCUUGUUCUUAAAAGCACACAGCCUAAACAGAAACUGGAUCCAUAUUCAGAAUCACCACUCAAUAAUGUGCAUGUGACACAAUAAUGUGGAAUGUAAAUAACGUGGAAUGCGUUAUUCGUUCAAUUCCACACAAAAAAAAUUAACAUUUGCUUUGAAAGAAAUAAAAUACCAAUUCCAUAAAUUUCACAGAAAAGUAAACAAAAUUCAAAGGAAACUAUUGCACUAAAUUUUUUUAUAAGUAAUGAAUGUAAUAGUUUUAUUACAUUUUUCUUCAUAUUACAUUUUUCUUAUUCCAUUUCUUUUUAUCCACUAAUUCCCUUACAGGUUUGCUAUUUACCAUUUUUAAAAAAGUUAAGAGUAUAAGAAAAUAAAUGUCUAAAAUGUUAUACAUAAAUCUAUUUCCAUAUUCGAUAAGAAACGUACCCAGUAUCACAUACUCAGUAAGGAAAUAACAAUAUUCAGAAUUGAAUGUGCAGAAACGGUUUCAAAACGUCUUCCUUAAUUUGAUAUUAAUAGUUAAUGCCCGGACUGGCUGACAAAAAAAAAAAAAAAAGUUAAUGCCCGGACUCUAACAUUCUGCAAUCUUGCCAAAAUUUAUGCUAAUUACCAUAUUUAAUUCCCUUAAACGAUCACGUUAACGGUUCAUAUCCUUCUAUAAAUAAUCAUUCUUCUUUGUGAGUAUAAUUGUAAAUUAAGUCAAAGAAAACAAACAAACAUUCAAACAUGAAUCGAUCAAUGUCUUUUGUCAUGUUGCUGGCGAUUCUUGUCUCUGUGGCUGACGCUGCAUGGGAAGACGCUCACGCUACGUUUUACGGCGACAUUAGCGGCAAAGAAACCAUGCAAGGAGCAUGUGGUUAUGGAGAUCUAUUCCAAGAAGGUUAUGGGUUAGAAACGGCGGCGCUAAGCACGGCGCUCUUCAACAACGGCCAAACAUGCGGUGCUUGUUUCGAGCUAACGUGUGUAAACUCACAAUGGUGUAAACAAAACGCCGGUGCAAUCAGAAUCACAGCAACCAACUUCUGCCCACCCAACUACACCCCACCGGUUGAUAUCCAUUGGUGCAACCCUCCUAACAAGCACUUCGAUCUAUCCAUGAAGAUGUUCACUUCCAUCGCCGAGUACAAAAGUGGGAUCGUUCCGGUGAAGUUCAGGAGAGUGAAGUGUCAGAAGAGAGGUGGUGUGAGGUUUGAGAUUAAGGGAAACCCUAAUUUCAUUAUGGUGUUGGUGUAUAACGUUGGAGGAGCUGGAGAUGUUAACAGCCUGGCUAUUAAGGGGCAUAAGAGUAACUGGAUCUCUAUGAAGAGGAACUGGGGGCAGAAUUGGAACACUGGUGUGGGUUUGGUCGGACAAAGACUCUCGUUUACGGUGAAGACCAGUGAUGGUAGGAGCUUGACGUUCUAUGAUGUUGCGUCGGAGUCUUGGGGGUUCGGUCAAACUUUUGAAGCGAAAUCAAACUUUUAUUAGAUUACCUUAACUUUCUUUUUUCAGAUUAUGUUAGUUUCUUGAGUUUUUGUUAGAAGCUACUAUUUCGUAGUACUACUAUAAUAAAAUCAUUAGUUUCAUAAGAUAUUGUUUUUAUUGAUGAAUGAAUUAUUGUCCUAGCAAUGAAACAUAUUAACUGUCUCAAAUUUUAAAUGUUAAUCUUAAGAACAUCUAUAUAUAUAUAUUAUUAAAACUCAAGUACAAAAUUAGAGUGUUUGGAGACUUGAAUAGGACUAUUAAAAAAUUUUGGAGUGUUUGGAAACAUGGAUUGUAAUCUUUUAAAAAAAAUUAAUUUUGUUUGGAAACAAGAAUAGUAGUAUUAAGAUAUAAAGUAAUGGACUUAUGUUAUUAAGAAAAAUUGAAAGUCCAUCAUAUUAUAAUAAACUAUCUAUCUGGGCCAGUUUUAAAAUAUACGAAAAUGGAUCAAUCUAAUUGCCUAAAACUUUUUUUUUCUAAACUAACCAUAAAACAAAAUUUAAACUUUAUAUACAUAUUUCAAAUCAAAAUAAUAAUUCAAAGUUGAUUUAUAUCAAAAAUUGAUUCAAAAAUAUACAUAUAUUCAAA